AUGGAGAGUGAGUCUCCCUCACAGCUGGUCUUGGCUCCUCCCUCACAGCUGGUCUUGGCCCCUCCCUCACAGCUGGUCUUGGCUCCUCCCUCACAGCUGGUCUUGGCCCCUCCCUCAGUGGGAGGGGCCACAGACCUGUCCAAUGGGGGUCUUCCCAAUGCUGAGGAGUGCUCGAGCAAAGUGACCCCCGAGUUUCUGGCUGCGAUCGACAACGAGGAGACACUGGACCAGAUGGGGAGAGGCGGGCGAGAGGCGGCCGAGAGGCGGGCGGGAGGCGGGGGGGAGGCGGGCGGGAGGCGGGGGGGAGGCGGGCGAGAGGCGGGCGGGAGGCGGGCGAGAGGCGGGGGGAGAGGCGGGGGUGGAGGCGGGGGGGAGAGGCGGGGGUGGAGGCGGGGGAGAGGCGGGGGAGAGGCGGGGGGGAGGCGGGGGAGAGGCGGGGGAGAGGCGGGGGGGGGAGGCGGGGGAGAGGCGGGGGGGAGGCAGGGGGGAGGCAAGCGAGAGGCGGGCGAGAGGGGGGGGGGGCGAGAGGCGGGCGAGAGGCGGGCGAGAGGCGGGCGAGAGGCGGGCGAGAGGCGGGCGAGAGGCGGGGGGGGGAGGCGGGCGGGAGGCGGGCGGGAGGCGGGGGGGGGGGGGGGGGGGAGGCGGGCGAGAGGCGGGCGAGAGGCGGGGGGGGAGGCGGGGGAGAGGCAGGGGGGGAGGCAAGCGAGAGGCAGGGGAGAGGCAGGGGAGAGGCAGGGGAGAGGCGGGCGAGAGGCAGGGGGGGAGGCAAGGGCGAGAGGCAGGGGAGAGGCGGGCGAGAGGGGGGGCGAGAGGCGGGCGAGAGGCGGGCGAGAGGGGGGCGGGAGGCGGGCGGGAGGCGGGGGGGAGAGGCGGGGGGGAGGCGGGGGAGAGGCGGGGGAGAGGCAGGGGGGAGGCAGGGGGGAGGCAAGCGAGAGGCAGGGGGCAGAGGGGGGGCGAGGAGGGAGGGGGGGAGGGCGGGGGGGAGGCGGGGGGGGGGGGGGGGAGGCGGGCGAGAGGCGGGCGAGAGGCGGGGGGAGAGGCGGGGGGUGGAGGCGGGGUAGAGGGGGGGGGAGAGGCGGGGGGGAGGGGGGGGGGAGGCGGGGGAGAGGCGGGGGGGAGGCGGGGGAGGGGGAGGCAAGCGAGAGGCAGGCGAGAGGCAGGGGAGAGGCGGGGGGGGAGGCGGGGGGGGAGGGGGGGGAGAGGCGGGGGGAGGCAGGGGAGAGGCGGGGGGAGGCGGGGCUCGACGGGUCUAAAGACUUUGAGGAGCGGAGGAUGAUCCGAGCGGCGAUGAGGGACCUGAGGAAGAGGAAGAGAGACCAGAGGGAGAAGGAGCGGGAAGUCCGUCUGCAGGAGCAGCGCCAGCAAAGGGACCAGAGGGACCACAGGGACCACAGGACGGCCUCCAGACCUGGGACUGAGGAGGUGGUCAUUAAGAAGCUGGAGUCUGCUGAUGGAAGCACACUGAGCCAAGUCACCAAGACCAACACAUUCUCACAGUCUGAUGGAAGUAGAUCCACUCUGAGCACCGUGACCAGCUACGUCCACAAGACAGACAGAGGAACAGUUCAGUCCAAAUCCUUCAGCUUCUCCUCCUCCACCUCCUCCUCCACCUCCUCCAACACCAAAGUGGGGAGUGUGUUUGAGAGGGAGGACAGCAGUGUGUCCAGGAGCAGUGUUGUUGCUGCAGAGAAGAAGAAGGAGGUGCAGAGGAGUCAGACCAUGACCUCAUCCUCUCUUCAGGCUCGAAAGGCUCUGAUGGAGCGACUGGACAGCUCCGGGGGUCCAGCUGUGGUGAAGAUCAACAGGGUCCAAAGGUCCACCAGUUUUGGGGUCCCCAACGCCAACACCAUAAAACAGAUGCUUCUGGACUGGUGCAGGGCAAAGACCAGAGGGUACCAGCAUGUGGAGAUCCAGAACUUCUCGUCGAGCUGGAGCAGUGGGAUGGCGUUCUGUGCUCUCGUUCACCACUUCUUCCCGGAGGCGUUCGACUACAGCGCCCUGCAGCCGUCAGAGCGAAGACACAACUUUGAACUGGCCUUCAGCACCGCAGAGUGA